AUGUUGCAGGAUGUUGAUCGUCGUUCUAUAACACCCGACCCGGAAGAUACGGACAAUCCUGAAGGCACAUCCUGUUCGCAUCCACUUCUACCAGCAGGCACAACCCUGCGCGGGGGAACACUUAUCUUGGACCCUGACGGACACUCCUACACCUAUGCUUACGGUCCCAAGGGUAUCCCUGGGCUGUUCCACAAUUAUUACGCCCUCGGCUGUGCCGUAUUUGCCUCCAUGGGGGGGCUGCUGUUCGGCUACGAUCAAGGUGUGAUUGCGAACGUGUUGGUCAUGAAGGAAUUCACUGCAAGGUGGCCGGUGGGCGCAUGGGAGAAAGGCGUCAUGACGGCUGUGCUUGAGCUGGGGUCGCUGGUCGGCGCCUUGAUAUCUGGUGUCUUCGCAGAUCGGUAUUCACGACGACAGUCUGUCCUAGUAGCCUGUGUCGUGUUUUGCAUCGGAUCUGCCUUUCAGUUCGGUGCUCAAACAUUAAACCAUUUGAUACUUGGUCGUGCUAUUGGAGGUCUUGGUGUUGGUGCACUCAGCAUGAUUUCCCCUCUUUACAUGGCUGAGAUCAGCCCACCUGAACUGCGAGGGUCGCUUAUGGCCAUCGAGCAGUUUGCAAUAGUCUUAGGGGCCGUGCUUGGCUUCUGGGUGGGGUUCUUUGCUCGCAACAUUCCGAGUGCCAUGUCAUGGCGAACGCCCUUGGGCAUCCAGUUGAUACCCGGCGUGCUGUUGGCGUUCGGCUGUCUAUUCCUACCGCCAUCUCCGAGAUUGUUGGUUUCCCAAGGACGAAUAGAGGAAGCACUUCGCUCCCUUGCCAAGAUGCGUCUCCGUAGCUCUGCUGAAAGCGAUACAGAUAUCUUGCUGCAGAUAGAGCUUUUGGAGAUGCAAGCCGAGGCUACUUUGAUAGAGCAGACGAUAGGUAGCGCCCCAAAAUCCGGCGCCAUUCGCACUGAAGCCAAUGCAUGGGCACGACUCUUCAGUCACAAGUACAUCAAUCGCACUUCCAUUGGAGUAUUGAUGAUGUUCUUCCAGCAAUGGAGUGGAAUUAAUGCCCUCCUGUACUAUGGUCCCACCCUUGUGCGGUCUCUGGGCCUGCAAGGAGACGAGGUCACGCUUAUAGUUUCAGGAGGGAUAGGCAUUGUGCAAUUUCUGGCUGUUCUUCCCGCCAUUGUGUUACUGGAUAAGACGGGCCGAAAGCCCCUUCUACGAGGGGGAAGUACAGUGAUGGCGGUCUCUCAUUUCUUCAUCGCGAUUUUGGUUUGGCUACAUGAAGGCGAUUGGGCUUCUCAUGCCGUUGCCGCAUGGAUUUCUGUAGGAUGCGUGUAUGUUUUCACCGCUGCCUAUGGCAUCAGUUACGGGCCCAUUGGCUGGGUCCUGCCAAGCGAGGUGUUUCCUCUAUCUAUACGGAGCAAGGGCGUCUCACUAUCGACCGCUUCCAACUGGUUCAACAACUUUUUGGUGGGCCUGCUUACUCCAAGUCUCAUGGAUGCUUCCGCUUCUGGAACAUUUAUGAUUUUCGCGACCGCCUGCUUUCUGGGUUACUUGUGGUCGACGUAUAUGGUGCCCGAGACAGCAAAUGUGUCUUUGGAAGAUAUGGACGCGGUAUUCGGGUCGUCUGUCGGACAAGAAGAUGUGGAGUUGAGGCAGCAGAUUGAACGUGACCUAGGAUUGCACGAUCUUGUUCAUCGUUGGGCUACUGGAGACAACGCAGACUGA